CAUCUUGGUUCGCCGGUGUCAGCGGCGUGUGUGGGGGGGGGAAGGAGGUGCCGGCGGCGGAGCCCGGCGAGCGAGGGGACGAUGCUGGCCUCCCUGGCCUCCCGCCCGCCGCCGCCGGGGCUGGCGCGGCUCCUCCGCACUCGGCCGUGGCUGUCGCCGUCGCGGGCGGCCUACGGGGCUCCGGUGGCGGCUGAGGGGCUCCGGACCGCCGGGCCGCGGCUGCUGCCGGCUUCGGCCGCCAGGGGGCGCCGCGAGCCCGCGCCGACCGCGAGGCUGACAGGGCGGGGGGCGAGGGGGGUGACCCCGGUAACGGGGCCGGGAUCGAGGGUGGGACCCCCGGUAACGGGGCCGGGGGGAUCCCCCCUAGCAGUGGGCCCGGACCCCCGAGGCUUCCCCCUAGCGAUGGGGCCGGGCCCGGGCGGGUCCCCCUCAGCGAUGGGGCUGGACCCCCGAGGCUCCGCGCUAGCGAUGGGGCUGGCCCGGGGGGGCUUCCUCAUAGAUAUGGGGCUAGGCCCCAGGGCUCCCCCUCUGCCAGUGGAGCCGGGCCCCGGGAGUCCCCCACUAGCAACGGGGGGUUCGCCCCUAGCAGUGGGUCCAGACCCCCACGACCCCCGCCUAGCAAUGGGGCUGGCCCGGGAGGGCUCCCCCCUAGCAAUGGGGCCGUACCACAGGGGCUCCCCCCUAGCUGUGGGGCUAGACCCCCAAGGCCCCCCUCUAGCAAUGGGGCCAGCCCUCGGGGGUUCCCCCAUAGAUAUGGGGCCAGGCCCAAAGGGGACCCCCCUGGCAGAUGGUUCCAGGCUGCAGGUCCCAGGCCUGUCCCCACUGCGGCCCCCCCAGCCACCCACCACUGGCCUGGCUGGCACAAGCUGCCCCGUGCUGGGGCUGUCCCGUGGAGAGCCGUCACCCAUGGGUGCCGAGCGGGGCUGUCGUCGCGGAGGAGACCCCGGCAGGCGUCAGAGCGGAGCCGGGAGCUGCCCCCCGGGAGCAGCGGUGCCUGCCCUCCUCGCCGCCGUGGCCUACUGCUACAUCAGGGACCACCUCUCCAAGGAAGAUGCUCUGCUGGAAGCUGCAAGGAUCAACAACGUUUCGGAAGUCAACAGGUUGUUGCUGGAAGGUGCAGACGUCAACGCCAGGCACAAGCUGGGCUGGACCGCUCUCAUGGUGGCCGCCAUCAGCAGAAACUCCAGUGUGGUGAAGAUCCUGCUCGCAGCUAAUGCGGAUCCAAACCUUGGAGAUGAUUUCAGCAGCGUGUACGAGACCGCCAAGGAGAAAGGCCUCCAUUCUUUGGAAGUCCUUGUGACCCGGGAGGACGACUUCAACAACCGCUUGAACAUCCGAGCCAAUUUCAAGGGCUGCACGGCUCUACACUACGCGGUACUGGCUGAUGACUACCUGACAGUCAAACUGCUGCUGGAUGGAGGUGCCAACCCCCUGCAGAAGAAUGAGAUGGGCCACACGCCCCUGGAUUAUGCCCGAGAAGGAGAGGUCCUGAGCCUUCUGCGAGCGGCGGAGACCAAGUUCCAGGAGGAGCAGCGCCAGAGGGAAGUGGAGGAACGCCGGAGGUUUCCCCUGGAGCAGCGGCUAAAGGAGCACAUCAUCGGUCAGGAGAGCGCCAUAGCCACAGUGGGAGCAGCUAUCCGGAGGAAGGAAAAUGGCUGGUACGACGAGGAGCACCCGCUGGUCUUCCUUUUCUUGGGCUCGUCUGGAAUAGGUAAAACCGAGCUGGCCAAGCAGACGGCCAAGUACAUCCAUAAGGACGUCAAAAAGGGUUUCAUCAGACUGGACAUGUCGGAGUUCCAGGAGAGGCACGAGGUUGCCAAGUUUAUCGGCUCCCCGCCUGGCUACGUGGGCCACGAAGAGGGCGGGCAGCUCACCAAAAAGCUGAGGCAGUGCCCAAACGCUGUGGUGCUCUUCGACGAGGUUGACAAAGCCCACCCAGACGUCCUUACCAUCAUGCUGCAGUUGUUCGAUGAGGGCAGACUGACAGAUGGGAAGGGGAAGACCAUUGACUGCAAGGAUGCCAUCUUCAUCAUGACCUCCAACGUGGCAAGCGAGGAGAUCGCCCAGCACGCACUGCAGCUGCGGCAAGAAGCGCUGGAGAUGAGCAAGAACAGGAUCGCCGAAAACUUAGAGGACGUCCAGGCGAGUGACAAGAUAACCAUCUCCAAGCAGUUCAAGGAGAAGGUCAUUCGCCCCAUCUUGAAGGCUCACUUCCGACGAGACGAAUUCCUGGGGAGGAUCAAUGAGAUUGUCUAUUUUCUCCCUUUUUGCCACUCGGAGCUCAUCCAGCUCGUCAACAAGGAGCUGAAUUUUUGGGCCAAGAAGGCCAAGGCGAGGCACAACAUCACCCUGCUGUGGGACAGGGAGGUCAUGGACGUGUUGGCUGACGGCUACAACUUGCACUACGGGGCCCGCUCCAUCAAACACGAGGUGGAGCGGCGCGUGGUGAACCAGCUGGCGGCCGCCUACGAGCAGGAGCUGCUGCCCAGGGGCUGCACCUUGAGGAUCACGGUGGAAGACUCGGACAAGCAGCUGCUGAAAACCCAGGACGGCCCUUCCCCGGGCGCCGAGAAAACCAAGGCGCCCACCUUGAGGCUGGAGAUAGUGGAGAAAGACAGCAAAUCCCGAAAACUGGAGAUCCAGGCCCCUCUCAACCCGGAAAACAUGGCUUACUUCUUGUAGGCGGCGAGAAGCAGUGCGGGUUGACAAUAAAAUGGCCUGAGACUGGGAGUUGUGGGAUGUGGCCACCUCGGUGAGGACCGGCAGGGACAGAGCCGUGCUCCGGCCACCUCUGCGGCCCCGCAGCCGGGCGGGGGACAGGCGGGAGCUGCCCCAUCUGCCCCACGCCGCUUCCUCCGGGGUGGGCUGGAGGUGACGCGUUCCCUUCGGGGACAUCCAGGUGGAGGGUCCCGGGGUGUGCGAGAGAAGGUGACGGAGCUUUUUUUGGGGACGGGAAAAAGCGGAUUUCAGUCCGUCCGGGGCGUCGGCUGGGGUGGGAUCCGUCCUCCCCCACUGCGGGGGGGUGGGACAGGGACCGAGCGUGUGACAGCUUGGUUUUAAAAGCCACCAGGCGCCUUCACUCGCUGUAUUUUGCCCCUUUACUCUUUUUAUUUAUUGCAAUAAACGCGGCGUGCACCUGCGA